GAUGUUGGGAGCACUUCAAAAUCCUAAUGUCUCUCAUAGCAGCUGAGUCAGAUUGCUGACCUGUGCAGAGUUGGGACUCCGAGGCACUCAGGACAGAGUUUUAAAGCCCUGGCCCUUGACCAUAAAGCCUGGGUAACUUUGGUCUUCAUCCUGGAUUUUGGAACAGCCUGGAGUAUCCAAGGAUCUGAGGCUGUCCACAGACUCAUAAGGGAACUGAAAGUUCUUUAGGCCAAGAUGAACAGUCAAGACAUGAAGCAAAAUGGCAAUACAGAAGUCCACGGACCUGUGGCUGGCAUAUUUCUGGAGAAGACAAAGGAGAAGAUAACCAUAUAUCAAGCCAUGAAAAAACGUUUGCUUAAGCCAGGAACAGCAUUAGCCCUGCUUGAAGCACAAGCUGCCACAGUGGGCAUCGUAGACCCGAUAAACAACAGAAUACUUCCCGUUUCAGAUGCUGUUGAAGAGGGAACAGUUGGACCAGAGAUGAAGGAAAAACUCCUCACAGCAGAGAAAGCUAUCAGUGGCUAUAUAGACCCCUACACCAACCAGAUAAUAUCUGUAUUCCAAGCUAUACAAAAAGAUUUAGUCCCAAGAGAUUAUGGAUUGAGGCUGUUGGAAGCACAGAUAACCACGCAAGGCCUGUUUGAUCCCAUUGAGAAGACAAAUAUUUCAGUUGAAUCAGCGAUUCAAAAUGGCUACUAUGAGAAAGGUUUACUCAAUGACCAGAUGUCAGAGCUCAAAGUGUUCUACGAUCCAAAUUCACAAGAAAAUCUGAACUACCAAAACCUCCUAGAGAAAUGCACCGUGGAGCCAGACACUGGCCUGUUGCUCCUUCCUGUCUGCAUUACCUUCAAAGGUCUGCGAAGAGGCAUAUCCUCCACUGAACUCUUUGAAUCAAAGAUCAUUGACCAAGAAACUUUUGAUGACCUACAGAAGGGGAAGACAACAACACAGGAUGUGUUGUUGAUGGAAACAGUGAAAGAAUACCUGGAGGGCAAAGGCAGUAUCGCAGGCAUUGCUGUACUCUCAUCCAAUCAGAGAAUGAGCAUUUAUCAAGCCAUGAAACAAGGCAUACUGAUGCCUGGAACAGCACUAGUUCUACUGGAGGCACAAGCUGCAACUGGAUUUAUGAUUGAUCCUGUAGAAAAUAAAAAGUCCACUGUGGAUGAGGCCAUCAAAAACAAACUUGUUGGCCCAGAAUAUUAUGCAAAGCUGCAUUCUGCUGAGAGAGCAGUAACUGGAUAUAAAGACCCAUACACAGGUGAAACUAUAUCCCUGUUUCAAGCACUGUCAAAAGACCUCAUCGUUAAGGAGCAUGGGAUCCGCCUACUUGAGGCACAAAUUGCUACAGGUGGAAUAAUAGACCCAAUCAACAGUCACAGACUUCCCAUAGAAGUGGCCUUCAAGAGAGGUUAUUUUAAUGAAGAAAUGAAUGCCAUACUACAGGAUUCAGGAGAUGACACAAAAGGGUUUUUUGACCCAAACACAGAAGAUAAUCUCACGUAUCUUCAGCUGAUGGAAAGGUGUGUCACUGAUCCUGUGACUGGACUGUGCCUCCUCCCACUCCUUGAUAAGUCAGGCAGGCUUAAUUUCAACUUCAUUGACUACCAAACUAAAAUGGCCUUCAAAGAGGAGAAGGUGAAAGUGACAUGUGGAAAGUACAUGGGAAUGACAGUAUCUCUGUGGGAGCUUAUGAUGUCAGAAUACCUUGAUGAACAGCAGAGGCAAGACAUCAGUCAAAAGUAUAGAGAGGGAGCGCUCAAUAUCAAGAUGAUCAUUACAAUAGUUAUGGAAGUCAUAGAGAAGUCUGUGAAAACAACUGAAGUUGUCUUUGAAGGCAUCAGAGAAACUGUCACAGCCAAACAGCUUUUGGAGGCAGAUAUCAUAAGUGAAGAGGUCCUGGAAGACCUGAAAAGGGGUAAAAAGUCAGUGAAAGACGUGAUUGAAGAUGAAAAUGUAAAUGUGUACCUACAGGGGAAGGACAGUAUCGCAGGUAUUCUGCUUCCUGAUUCUCAAAUCAUGACCAUCUACAAGGCCAGACAGAAAGGAAAACUGAUGCCAGGAACUGCUCUGAUUCUGCUAGAGGCACAGGCAGCAACAGGGUUCAUUAUUGACCCUAUUGGAAACAGAAAGUUUUCAGUGGAUGAUGCUGUCAAGGCAAAGAUCGUGGGGCCUGAUAUCUGUCAAAAGUUGCGCUCGGCAGAGAAAGCAGUCACUGGGUACAAAGAUCCAUAUGAUGGCAAAAUAAUAUCUUUGUUCCAAGCAAUGCAAAAAGACCUCAUCCUAAAAGACCAUGGAAUUCGACUCCUGGAGGCACAAAUUGCCACUGGUGGGAUCAUUGACCCAGUGAACAGCCAUCGGAUUCCUGUCCAUGUGGCCUACAAGAGGGGGUACUUCAAUGAGGAAAUGAAUCAGAUCCUGAGUGAUCCAAGUGAUGACACCAAAGGAUUUUUUGACCCCAACACCCACGAGAACCUGACAUACUUGCAGCUAAUGGCCAGAUGUGUCACAGAUCCCAGUACAGGUCUGUCUCUCUUGCCACUCAAAAGCAAAAGUAACAAAAUUAACAUAGAUGAUAAUCUUCGAGAAACAUUCAAAACAAGCGUUACUGUGAAGUAUGGUAGGUUCAAGGGCAAGCACACAACACUGUGGGAUCUUAUCAAUUCAGAGUAUCUAUCUGAGGACAAACGACAGGAGUUUUUCAAGCUCUUCAAGUCAAGGAAAAUCACAAUUGAGCAACUCAUCAUCACCAUUUUAGAGAUCAUUGAGAAUAAGGAGAUAAAACAGCAAGCAGGGUUGAACUUUGAAAGUCUCAGAGGAAAGGUUUCUGUUGUGGAUCUUUUGGCCCUUGACAUUGUGGAUGAAGAAACAUACAACAGUUUGAUUGAUGGACGGCUGACGAGCAAUGAUUUGAUGAAAAUGGACAGCGUGAGAGACUACCUACAAGGAAAAAGUUGUGUUGCUGGGGUGAUACUGCAACCCUCCAAUCGGAAGCUAAGCAUCUAUGAGGCACAGAGAAUUGGUAUUCUCACACCUGGCACUGCCCUUUGCCUCCUUGAAGCACAAGCAGCCACAGGGUUCAUUGUUGAUCCUCUGAAAAACAAAAAACUUACAGUGGACCAAGCUCUCAGACAAAAGGUAAUUGGUCCACAGAUGCAUGAAAAGCUUCUGUCUGCAGAGAGGGCUGUCACUGGUUACAUAGAUCCAUACACUGGUCAAAAGAUCUCACUUUUCCAAGCCUUACAAAAGGAUCUAAUUGUCAAGCAACAUGGCAUCCGUUUACUUGAGGCCCAGAUUGCUACAGGUGGUGUCAUUGAUCCCUUGAAGUGUCUUCACCUGCCCCUUGAAGUUGCAUAUAGGAAAGGAUAUUUUGAUGCAGAACUUAAUCAAAUCCUGACAGAUCCAACUGAUGACACAAGGGGCUUUUUUGACCCGAAGACACAAGACAAUCUGACAUACAUGGAGAUGCUGGGCAGAUGUGUAAAAGAUAAGGAAACAGGACUGUGUCUCCUGCCACUGAAUGACACACCAAGAGCUACUGGAACAAAAGCAAAAAUAUUUACUGACACAGAGAUAAAGGAAGAGUUUGAAAAAACAGCUGUGAACAUAUCGGCAGAACGCUACUCAGGAAAAUCAGUUUCUCUAUGGGACCUGAUUCACUCUCGGUACUUCACUGAAGAACAGCGACUUAAUUGCAUUGAAAAAUACAGAACAAAGAAGAUGACCACACAAACCAUAAUUACACUACUGAUUUCCACCAUUGAAAAACUGGAGAAGAGUGAAACACCCAAAAUGAUAAUGGGCCUGCGAAAGCCUGUCUCUGCACAACAACUACUGGAUUCUGAUAUCAUUGAUGCAGAUACAUUCAGACAGGUGAAAGAAGGAAAACUCACUUUUGAAGCAGUAACCCAACGUGAAUCUGUGAGAGGAUACCUGAAGGGAAUGGGAAGCAUUGCUGGAAUUAAGGUUCAUCCUUCCCAGAAAGUAAUGAGCAUAUAUGAAGCAAAAAAGGAAGAUCUGUUGACACCUGGCAUUGCUCUUCUACUGCUUGAAGCACAGGCCGCAACAGGAUGGGUGAUUGAUCCUCUCAAAAACAAGUUCUAUGCUGUUGAUGAGGCAGCAAGAGAGAAAGUCAUUGGACCAGAUGUACAUGAGCACCUUCUCUCAGCUGAACGAGCCGUCACCGGCUAUAAAGAUCCAUAUACAGGUGAAACAAUAUCACUGUUUGAAGCUGUGAAUGAACAGCUCAUUCAGAGAAGUGAUGGCAGUCGUCUUCUUGAGGCACAGAUAGCAACUGGAGGAAUCAUUGACCCGAAUCAAAGUCACAGGCUGCCUGUCCAUGUUGCUAUUAAAAAGGGAUAUCUCAGUGAAGAAAUUAGCAAAAUGCUGUUGAGCCCCACUGAUGAUGCAAAGGGAUUCUUUGACCCAAAUACCAAAGAAAACCUCUCUUACCAUCAGCUGAUAAAGCAAUGUGAGAAAGACCCUGGAACUGGCCUACUUCUUCUACCCCUAUUUAAAGAAGCAUGCCAUGUAUUUCACACAGAUGAACAAAUAGAGCUUGCAUUUAAGAACAAAACUAUCGCCAUGAAUGCAGGAAAAUUUAAAAACCAAGAGGUGACAUUGUGGGAGGUGUUGCUCUCUGAAUACAUAUCAGAACAAAAAAGGAAGCAACUCAUACAACAAUACAAGACAGGAGCCAUGAAAAUAGAAGAGCUUAUUGAAAUACUCAUAGUUAUCGUCACAGAGGUAUCAUCCAAAGAAAAAAAGUUCAAAGGACUAAGAAAGCAGGUCUCAGCCAGUGAGUUGUAUGAGUCAAAGAUAAUCUCAAAGAAGCUUUUUACACAGAUCAUACAAGGGGAAGUAACUGAAGAGAAUGUUAACAAAAUGGAAUCAAUUCAAAAGUACCUUGGAGCCACAAACUGUAUAGCAGGUGUCAGAGUAGAAUCUACAAAGAAAGUUAUAAGCAUCUACCAAGCCAAAACCAAAGGCCUGCUAGCCCCUGGCUCUUCUCUUGUGCUGCUGGAGGCUCAAGCUGCCACUGGCUUUGUCAUUGACCCAGUGAACAACAAGAAACUUUCAGUAGAGGAAGCUGUGGCUCAAGGAGUGGUUGGAAGUGAAUGGAAAAACAAACUGCUUUCGGCAGAAAGGGCCGUUACAGGAUACAAAGAUCCCUACACUGGAGACACAAUUUCUUUGUUCCAAGCCUUAAAAAAGGAUCUCAUUGUCAAGGAUCAUGGAAUUCGCCUCCUUGAAGCCCAAAUUGCCACAGGAGGCAUUAUUGACCCAGUACACAGUCAUCGAGUGCCUGUACAAGUGGCAUAUCAAAGAGGUUACUUUGAUGAGGAAAUGAACCAGAUUUUGUCUGAUCCUGAUGAUGACACCAAGGGCUUCUUUGAUCCCAACACUCAAGAGAACCUCACCUAUUUACAACUGGUGGAGAGAUGUGUCACAGAUCCAGUUACAGGCCUUAACUUACUGUCCAUCGCGAACAAAGGAGAUCAGGUCCCAAAUUUCCAUGGAAUCAGGAAGGAUGUCACUGCUACUGAGCUGCUUGAAUCACAAAUCAUCAACGAGGACCUCUACAAAGAUCUUAGCUCUGGAAAAGUCACAGUGACAGAAGUGAGUGAAAUGGACUCAGUACGCAAGUACCUGGAGGGGACCAACAGCAUUGCAGGAGUGUACCUCCAGUCCACCAAGGAGACCAUGAGUAUCUAUGAAGCCAAAGGAAAAGGCCUACUCACUCCUGGUACUUCUCUGGUUCUGUUGGAGGCUCAAGCUGCCACUGGCUUUGUCAUUGACCCAGUGAACAACAAGAAACUUUCAGUAGAGGAAGCUGUGGCUCAAGGAGUGGUUGGAAGUGAGUGGAAAAACAAACUGCUUUCAGCAGAAAGGGCCGUUACAGGAUACAAAGAUCCCUACACUGGAGACACAAUUUCUUUGUUCCAAGCCUUGAAAAAAGAUCUCAUUGUGAAAAAUCAUGGGAUUCGUCUCCUUGAAGCACAAAUCGCCACAGGAGGCAUUAUUGACCCAGUGCACAGUCACAGAGUGCCUGUACAAGUGGCAUAUGAAAGAGGUUACUUUGAUGAGGAAAUGAACCAGAUUUUGUCUGACCCCGAUGAUGACACUAGGGGCUUCUUUGAUCCCAACACUCAAGAGAACCUCACCUAUCUCCAGCUGGUGGAGAGAUGUGUCCCUGAUCUCAUCACAGGCCUUAGCUUACUGGUCAUUGCGAAGAAAGGUGAAUUUUAUUUCUUUGUUGAUGAGGCUACAAAACUCAUUCUGAAAUCUAAAACCACAACCAGAGCAGGAGGGAAAUACCAAGGAAAAACUGUGUCUCUGUGGGAUCUUCUCUACUCCAAAUACAUCACUGAGGAGAAGAGGAGAGAGCUCGUGCAACAGUACAAGUCUGGAUCCAUCACAAUCAAAUACUUUUUGGAAAUCAUCCUGACAAUCAUUCAGCAGCAGACCACAACAACCUCAUCCUCAUCAACCGCCACAUGCCAACCACCACAAACAGAAGUGGACAGCGGCACAACAAAAACUACCAUCACCACCACUACAAUCACAGAGACAAGUCAGGUCCCAAAUUUCCAUGGAAUCAGGAAGGAUGUCACUGCUACUGAGCUGCUUGAAUCACAAAUCAUCAACGAGGACCUCUACAAAGAUCUUAGCUCUGGAAAAGUCACAGUGACAGAAGUGAGUGAAAUGGACUCAGUACGCAAGUACCUCGAGGGGACCAACAGCAUUGCGGGAGUGUACCUCCAGUCCACCAAGGAGACCAUGAGUAUCUAUGAAGCCAAAGGAAAAGGCCUACUCACUCCUGGUACUUCUCUGGUUCUGCUGGAGGCUCAAGCUGCCACUGGCUUUGUCAUUGACCCAGUGAACAACAAGAAACUUUCAGUAGAGGAAGCUGUGGCUCAAGGAGUGGUUGGAAGUGAGUGGAAAAACAAACUGCUUUCAGCAGAAAGGGCCGUUACAGGAUACAAAGAUCCCUACACUGGAGACACAAUUUCUUUGUUCCAAGCCUUGAAAAAAGAUCUCAUUGUGAAAAAUCAUGGGAUUCGUCUCCUUGAAGCACAAAUCGCCACAGGAGGCAUUAUUGACCCAGUGCACAGUCACAGAGUGCCUGUACAAGUGGCAUAUGAAAGAGGUUACUUUGAUGAGGAAAUGAACCAGAUUUUGUCUGACCCCGAUGAUGACACCAAGGGCUUCUUUGAUCCCAACACUCAAGAGAACCUCACCUAUCUCCAGCUGGUGGAGAGAUGUGUCCCUGAUCUCAUCACAGGCCUUAGCUUACUGGUCAUUGCGAAGAAAGGUGAAUUUUAUUUCUUUGUUGAUGAGGCUACAAAACUCAUUCUGAAAUCUAAAACCACAACCAGAGCAGGAGGGAAAUACCAAGGAAAAACUGUGUCUCUGUGGGAUCUUCUCUACUCCAAAUACAUCACUGAGGAGAAGAGGAGAGAGCUCGUGCAACAGUACAAGUCUGGAUCCAUCACAAUCAAACGCUUUUUGGAAAUCAUCCUGACAAUCAUUCAGCAGCAGACCACAACAACCUCAUCCUCAUCAAUCGCCACAUGCCAACCACCACAAACAGAAGUGGACAGCGGCACAACAAAAACUACCAUCACCACCACUACAAUCACAGAGACAAGUCAGGUCCCAAAUUUCCAUGGAAUCAGGAAGGAUGUCACUGCUACUGAGCUGCUUGAAUCACAAAUCAUCAACGAGGACCUCUACAAAGAUCUUAGCUCUGGAAAAGUCACAGUGACAGAAGUGAGUGAAAUGGACUCAGUACGCAAGUACCUCGAGGGGACCAACAGCAUUGCGGGAGUGUACCUCCAGUCCACCAAGGAGACCAUGAGUAUCUAUGAAGCCAAAGGAAAAGGCCUACUCACUCCUGGUACUUCUCUGGUUCUGCUGGAGGCUCAAGCUGCCACUGGCUUUGUCAUUGACCCAGUGAACAACAAGAAACUUUCAGUAGAGGAAGCUGUGGCUCAAGGAGUGGUUGGAAGUGAGUGGAAAAACAAACUGCUUUCAGCAGAAAGGGCCGUUACAGGAUACAAAGAUCCCUACACUGGAGACACAAUUUCUUUGUUCCAAGCCUUGAAAAAAGAUCUCAUUGUGAAAAAUCAUGGGAUUCGUCUCCUUGAAGCACAAAUCGCCACAGGAGGCAUUAUUGACCCAGUGCACAGUCACAGAGUGCCUGUACAAGUGGCAUAUGAAAGAGGUUACUUUGAUGAGGAAAUGAACCAGAUUUUGUCUGACCCCGAUGAUGACACCAAGGGCUUCUUUGAUCCCAACACUCAAGAGAACCUCACCUAUCUCCAGCUGGUGGAGAGAUGUGUCCCUGAUCUCAUCACAGGCCUUAGCUUACUGGUCAUUGCGAAGAAAGGUGAAUUUUAUUUCUUUGUUGAUGAGGCUACAAAACUCAUUCUGAAAUCUAAAACCACAACCAGAGCAGGAGGGAAAUACCAAGGAAAAACUGUGUCUCUGUGGGAUCUUCUCUACUCCAAAUACAUCACUGAGGAGAAGAGGAGAGAGCUCGUGCAACAGUACAAGUCUGGAUCCAUCACAAUCAAACGCUUUUUGGAAAUCAUCCUGACAAUCAUUCAGCAGCAGACCACAACAACCUCAUCCUCAUCAAUCGCCACAUGCCAACCACCACAAACAGAAGUGGACAGCGGCACAACAACUACCAUCACCACCACUACAAUCACAGAGACAAGUCAGGUCCCAAAUUUCCAUGGAAUCAGGAAGGAUGUCACUGCUACUGAGCUGCUUGAAUCACAAAUCAUCAACGAGGACCUCUACAAAGAUCUUAGCUCUGGAAAAGUCACAGUGACAGAAGUGAGUGAAAUGGACUCAGUACGCAAGUACCUGGAGGGGACCAACAGCAUUGCAGGAGUGUACCUCCAGUCCACCAAGGAGACCAUGAGUAUCUAUGAAGCCAAAGGAAAAGGCCUACUCACUCCUGGUACUUCUCUGGUUCUGUUGGAGGCUCAAGCUGCCACUGGCUUUGUCAUUGACCCAGUGAACAACAAGAAACUUUCAGUAGAGGAAGCUGUGGCUCAAGGAGUGGUUGGAAGUGAGUGGAAAAACAAACUGCUUUCAGCAGAAAGGGCCGUUACAGGAUACAAAGAUCCCUACACUGGAGACACAAUUUCUUUGUUCCAAGCCUUGAAAAAAGAUCUCAUUGUGAAAAAUCAUGGGAUUCGUCUCCUUGAAGCCCAAAUCGCCACAGGAGGCAUUAUUGACCCAGUGCACAGUCACAGAGUGCCUGUACAAGUGGCAUAUGAAAGAGGUUACUUUGAUGAGGAAAUGAACCAGAUUUUGUCUGACCCCGAUGAUGACACCAAGGGCUUCUUUGAUCCCAACACUCAAGAGAACCUCACCUAUCUCCAGCUGGUGGAGAGAUGUGUCCCUGAUCUCAUCACAGGCCUUAGCUUACUGGUCAUUGCGAAGAAAGGUGAAUUUUAUUUCUUUGUUGAUGAGGCUACAAAACUCAUUCUGAAAUCUACAACCACAACCAGAGCAGGAGGGAAAUACCAAGGAAAAACUGUGUCUCUGUGGGAUCUUCUCUACUCCAAAUACAUCACUGAGGAGAAGAGGAGAGAGCUCGUGCAACAGUACAAGUCUGGAUCCAUCACAAUCAAACGCUUUUUGGAAAUCAUCCUGACAAUCAUUCAGCAGCAGACCACAACAACCUCAUCCUCAUCAAUCGUCACAUGCCAACCACCAAAAACAGAAGUGGACAGCAGCACAACAAAAACUACCAUCACCACCACUACAAUCACAAAGACAAGUCAGGUCCCAAAUUUCCAUGGAAUCAGGAAGGAUGUCACUGCUACUGAACUGCUUGAAUCACAAAUCAUCAACGAGGACCUCUACAAAGAUCUUAGCUCUGGAAAAGUCACAGUGACAGAAGUGAGUGAAAUGGACUCAGUGCGCAGGUACCUCGAGGGGACCAACAGCAUUGCAGGAGUGUACGUCCAGUCCACCAAGGAGACCAUGAGUAUCUAUGAAGCCAAAGGAAAAGGCCUACUCACUCCUGGUACUUCUCUGGUUCUGCUGGAGGCUCAAGCUGCCACUGGCUUUGUCAUUGACCCAGUGAACAACAAGAAACUUUCAGUAGAGGAAGCUGUGGCUCAAGGAGUGGUUGGAAGUGAGUGGAAAAACAAACUGCUUUCAGCAGAAAGGGCCGUUACAGGAUACAAAGAUCCCUACACUGGAGACACAAUUUCUUUGUUCCAAGCCUUGAAAAAAGAUCUCAUUGUGAAAAAUCAUGGGAUUCGUCUCCUUGAAGCACAAAUCGCCACAGGAGGCAUUAUUGACCCAGUGCACAGUCACAGAGUGCCUGUACAAGUGGCAUACCAAAGAGGUUACUUUGAUGAGGAAAUGAACCAGAUUUUGUCUGACCCCGAUGAUGAUACCAAGGGCUUCUUUGAUCCCAACACUCAAGAGAACCUCACCUAUCUCCAGCUGGUUGAGAGAUGUGUCACCGAUCCCAUCACAGGCCUUAGCUUACUCCCCUUGCGCAGGUGAAGGAAAGAAGACCUGUUAACAACGAUUUAUUCUUUUGUUUUGUUUGCACUAUCAGACUUUUGUACUCAAUAUUGCUGCCAGUACCAUUUUCUGUCAUAGUUACAAAAUAAUUUCACGUUUCUUAGUUUUAGUUCAGUUAAGCUUGUCCUUAAAGAAAUAUGGAGCAAAAAUACUGUAAAUGCAUACUGUAUCGUGCUGAAUACUUCCAUAAUACAGCAAGAAAUGUAUUAUGGAAAACUCUCUAUGGUAUUAUAGGAAGAGGUGUUUUGGUUAAAAGUUUUGAUUACCAUGAGGACUAUAAACCUUUUGUGAUAGUUUGUAGUCAUGGCACUGAUACACAAAAUAGGAAAUUUAGCUACUAUGAAACCCCCAAAAAUUAAUCCAACCUGGGGAGAUCGAGAAUUAAUUGGCUCAAAACCUCUCAAAAACAACAGAAAUAAGAUAAUUAUUACAUACAAAUUCUACACAUAGAAGGUUUAGAGCUAUUAUUUACACCUGUGUUUGAUAUGCCAAAUGUCUGCUGCAAAAAAGCCUACUGGUAUGAGUUAAAAUCAAGAAGUGCAAUAUAAAUUUAUGGUUUUAGCCUUCUACUAGUUUUCAAUCUCUGUUUUUAUUAAAUUCUGAUCUUCUGUGACUACUUACAUGGCAGUAACUGUAGUAUCAAACAUUCUGGAUUUAUGAAACUUCUUUUCCCUGGUUUAAUGUUGUUUCAUAUUAUUUGUGGGAUCACUGGACUGGAGUCUUUCUACACUGAUGUACCUAGAUGGGCUCAGCUGAGCCUACUUUUACCUCACUUAUAGAAGCUGAACUUAAUGUCUAACAGCAUUUGGGCAAAAGCUUUUCCUACUGAAAUAUGUUGUGUUUCCUAAGUGAAAUGUGACUACAGUGAAUAUAGUUUUGCUGGGCCUGCUUUCACUUCACUUAUUUUAAAUUCAACAAUAAAGUAAAUCAAAUAUGAACACAUUUGGCUAUUUAAAAAGUGUGAAAUGUGUCUUUCACUUAUAAACACUUGCAUGUACAACACUGCAAGACAGACCACAUUUGGUCAUUAUGUAAAUUUAGUUGAGUACAACACCCUCUAGUGGAAAGAAAGUAUACUAGCAGCUUUAUAUUGACAUGUUGAACUUUUUUUUUUAUUUCAAAUAUUUCUAGACAAACCUUUGUCCAGAAUUAUUGUAACUUGGUGUGAAAAGAAGUAUUUAAAAAGUCAAAAAUUACAUUCAAAAAAUCCUAAUAUACACAGCUGAAUGUCUCAGUAGGUUUAUAACUGAGGUGAUUCAUAUAAAUGUAUUCAAAUCCAACAUGACAAAGUCACUCUUUAAGCUACAUGAAGAUAGUGGUCUUACUGACUCUUAACUGACAUUAAUACAGCCGCAACAGAGUUUCUCACCAGUUUCCAAAUCCUUGGUUUUUGCUUUCUAGCAGUAAGGAGUGCUUUUGCAUCUGUUUUGUGUUAACAAUAUACACUCACUACCGGUCAAACAUUUUGGAACAACUCAAUUUUUCAGUUGUCACUGAAAUUUACAAAGUGUAAUGUCUCAGCGUUCUCUGAAAUUAAAGCAUAAAACAAAUCAA